GAUGGAUCCAGUCAUGGGAACCCGACCAGAGAGAUGUCCCCGUCCUCUGUAUUCCCGGGAUUCCACACAGGAAGGUCACACCAUCCUCACCAUCAUCAGGAGUGGAGACUGAGAGAUCCUAAAGCUAAAUGAAGAGAUAGAGGAGAAUGAUGAGGAUGGGGGGAUGGAGGAAUCUGUACCAGGACACCAUGGUGGAGUCAUCCAGCUACAGGAACCCCCAGAGAGAUGUCCCCGUCCUCUGUAUUCCCGGGAUUCCACACAGGAAGGUCACACCAUCCUCAUCAUUACAAGAGUGGAGAUCCAAUCGAUAUAGAAUUUGAGGUGAAAUCAGAAGAAGAAGAGGCGUAUGUGAGGGAUGAUCAGCAGUCUAUGGAGGAGGAUGGAAAUAACGGGGACAUUUAUAGAGGAGGACACUCCUACAGAGAUCAGCAC